AAUAGUAUAUCCCCGCACCGGUGCUCAGUCAUAUUUUGUCUCGUCAAAUUUAUGUAAAAUUGGAUUUUUGUUUUCAUUAAUUUUAAACGAUUAAACAUUGAUUGUUUAUUUUGUUAGUGUGACAAUAAUUCAAAUGUUAAAAACUGUGAAGAACUUUACCUCAUUUUGAUUUUAAAACUGUUUUUAAACGAGAUUACUCAUUUUAUUAACAAUAUAUAAUGUCUGGAAAUCUAGUGCAAUAUGUGGUAGUGAGAAAAGAUCUUGUCAAGGCUCUGAAGUGGCCUACUGGGGCGCUUAUUGCUCAAGGCUGUCAUGCAUGUACGGCAGUAAUGCAUCUAUUCUACCAGGAUGCGAAUACACAGCAAUAUCUGGCAGAUCUAGACAGAAUGCACAAGGUUGUACUUGAGGCUCCUGAUGAAGAAUCUCUACGGAAGUUGGCAAACAAAUUAUCUGAGGAGAAUAUUGAUCACAAGCUAUGGAUAGAACAACCAGAAGAUAUCCCCACAUGUGUAGCUGCCAAACCAUACAAGAAAGAAGAUGUGCAACAAUAUUUCAAAGACUUCAAGUUGUUCAGAUGAUGUUUAAUGUAUAAUAACAGAAAUAAAUACAGUUAUUUAAUUAA